UUUUCAUUACUUAAGGUAAUUUUUAUUCUUUUUGCUUUUCUUUAUAUAUGAAUUUAUUUGAUUUUUUUAAUAUUGUAAACUGAUUUUUCUGUGUUGUUAUUUGCAGACCAAAAUUGUUAAAGUUUUGCCCACUGAUGAAGAGAACAAUGCCUUCAAGCUUGAAGGUUUUUUCCAGUGCAACAAGGAUAUGAAUGUUGCUGAUUUUGAGGAUGAUGAUUUUGUUGCUCCUCCAAAGAAACCAACCAGUGAGGCUCCUUCCUCAUCCUAUGUUCCUUGUGUGACAUUUGGUUUUUCUGAUAUGAAAAUUAUUGUGGAUGAAUGUCAGAAGAAGUGUAACAUUAUGUCUAAGGAAAUUGCAUUUUUAAAGUCUGCUAGUGAAUCUAGACAUAGGGCAUUGAUGGAGAUGUUGGUUAAUUUGAAAAACGAUCAAGAUUUAAAACACAAGGCAGUUAUGGAAAUGUUAGGUGAGUUGAGGCCAAAAUCAUGUGGUAUUAAUGAUGAUAUUGAUCAUGUUGAUGUUGGUUUUGUGGGAGCUGAUGUUGGUGAUACUUCUGGUGGUGGUGGUGUUUCAAAGGAAAAGGAUAAGUUUUUUGAGAAUGAAAGUUUUACCCAAGUUUUUGAUGAAUGCAUUCAAGCAAUGCAAGAAGAUGCUGCUGGAGAUAUGGUAAUUGCAGAUGAUAAGAAUGAUACAGUAAAUGAGAAUGAGAAGACUACUGGGAAUGAUGUUGAAGAAACAAUGAAUAUUGUCAAACCUCAUGAUGAUGUAGCUGAUGUUGUUAAAGAUCUAGAAGAAGAGGCUCAUAUUUUUAACAACAUGAAUGUGGAGAUUUUUGAUAAAGUUGUUCAUGCAGCUGUUGGUGAUUUGGCAAAGAAAAAGGAAGUUAUUAUGGCAACACCCAUUGCUGGUUCUUUGAUGAAUCCAGUAGUUGUGUCUACUCCUGUUGUUGGCAAAAGGAAUCCAAAGCCUGCUACAGUUUUGCAAUCUCCUUUUGUUAACCAAUUUGGAUCAUCUUCUUCUGAGGAUAUGAAACAUUUGGAGGUUGUGAAGUCUAAAAGGAAGGUUGUGGGACGAUAUGCUUUUGGAGACAAUCUUUUUGAUCUGCCUAAUCAAAUUGACCAAGACUCUUUUAACAAGUGGUUUUCUCUGGGGCUGAGAAAAAAUAAUAAGUAUAAGAAAUUUGAUGAUAAUAAUAGUAUCAUUAAGGAGCCAUUUCAGUUUUGUGUAACUGAGAUUGAGAGAAAAAUUUGGUUUUAUGAUUUAGUUAAAGAUGGGAGGGAUUUGGACAAUGAGCAUAUUAAUGUGGCAUUUUAUUACCUUAGAAAAAAAGCCAAGUAUUGUGAGUUGAUAAAUGUUAGAGUUACUACUACAGAUAACUCUUUUGAUCAAGUUAUCACUGCUCUGUAUGAUGUGUAUCUGUCAAGUGACUGUGAUCGAUCUGUUAUAUCGCAUAACAGUGUUAUUUUUGAGUAUAUUUGUGGUUAUAAAAUGCUUUGUAACACCCCUUGGUCGCUAGUAGAUUUCAUUUUAUUCCCUAUUAAUAUGACUGUUGUUGGCUGUAAUCAUUGGAUUCUUGGGGAGUUCAACGUGAAGCAGAGAUUUUUUAAAGUCUACAACUCAAUGAGGAAUAGAGUUAUGGAUAAGAAAGUGUUGAAAGUUGUUGAAGCAUAUUCUACUUUGUUGCCCUUGUUUCUUUCUUUAAAUAAUUUUUAUGAGUCAAGGGAAGAUAUUGAUCUAAAUGCACAAGCAUUCAAGGGCAUUGAUAUGUGUCACCCGUUGGACAUUGUGUUUGAUGAUGAGGUUCCACAACAGAGUAACAACGAUUGUGGGAUUUUUAUCAUAAAGUUUGCUGAAUUUCUUAUGCAUGGACUUAUUGAAAAUAUCCCCAAUCCUCUGAAUGUUAGUUUCCAGAGAAACAAAAUUGCAGUCGAGCUAUAUGUCCAUGCUAAAAGAAAGAAAGAUGAAGGCUAUCUAUCUGAUGGGGAGUUCAGAGGAAGAAUGAGCAAGAAGAUGUUGAAUGUUAAUGCAAUGGAAGUAUGAGAGCAUCAAAGUAGUUAACAUUUUGGCUUUUAUCUUGUAAAGAAGAUACAUACUUAUGGCAAGAUAACUUUUGUGUCUUUGUUUUGCAAACUUUCAAGCAAGUAUCAUGUUUGAAUAUUUUGAA